UGUCCGGACCAGAGCAAGCAACAUACGGUCUAGGAAGACCAAACUGAGGAGAAGGAGAAAACACGUUUUUUUCCUGAUACAGGGAGACACGUAUGAAGAUUUCAUGUGGACUCACUGUAAACUGGGAUUAAGUAACAGUUAUUUUCGUUUGGAAUUAUAACUUUCAGGAAAGGAAGAUGUUGCUAAAUAUAAAACACAUUUUGUGGUUGGUCUUCAUAUACCAAACAACGACUGAACCUGUCUCUAGCACGUUAAUGGUGAUGCGUCCUGUCAGCGGCUUGCUGUCCGGGAAAGUGACCCUGCCGUGUUACUUCUCCAUCAUCCCGACUGUUGGACCUAGAAACAGAAAUGCCUCGGGAGCAGAUUACCUGCGCAUCAAAUGGACCAAAAUGGAGGGGGGUGUCGAGUCGACUGUACUUGUCACCCAAAAAGGUGUCAUUAAGAUUGGUUCGGGGUAUAGAAGCCGUGUAUCUGUGCAGAGCCAUCCGGAAGACAUCGGGGAUGCUUCUCUGACUAUGGUGAAGCUUCGGGCCAGCGAUGCUGGGACAUACCGCUGUGAAGUGAUGUAUGGGAUUGAAGACACACAAGACACAGUCAGUUUGGAUGUUGAGGGCGUGGUGUUUCACUACAGGUCAAAGGUCAGCAGAUACGUUCUGAACUAUGCACAAGCUGUGCAGACCUGCAGAGACGUUGGAGCCUCCAUUGCUACAGCGGAGCAGCUGAGAGCUGCUUAUGAGGAUGGAUUUGACCAGUGUGAUGCUGGUUGGAUAGCAGAUCAAACAGUGAGAUAUCCAAUCACUAGACCAAGGCCUGGCUGCUUUGGAAAUCUGCCUGGAAAACCUGGUGUCAGGUCAUAUGGCAAACGCAGGCCCACAGAGACCUACGAUGUGUUCUGCUAUGUUGAUAAACUUGAGGGUAGUGUUGACUUUGCGCCCACAAUGCGUAAGAUGACCUUCGAUGAGGCCAAGGCUGAAUGUGAAAGGAUGAAUGCAGCGCUGGCCUCACCUGGUCAGCUCCACGCUGCCUGGAGACGGGGCCUGGACCGCUGUGAUUAUGGAUGGCUGUCUGAUGGCAGCGCUCGCCACCCUGUCGCCAUACCCCGAAGUCAGUGCGGAGGUGGUCUGCUGGGUGUCCGCACCAUGUACCGCUACCAAAACCAAACAGGCUUCCCAGAUCCCAAUAUGAGGCUAGGAGCAUUCUGUUUCAAAGGUACUAAGCUUUUAUUCAACCAGUCCUCCUGGGUGGACGUCACAGUUCAGAAUGGUACAACUAUGGAGCCCAGCACUGAAUUCUUUACCACAGAGACCACCACAAGCCAGACUCUCUCUCCUGAGGCCAGUCCCUCUCAUGCAUCACAGGCCACCUUUGGUGAUGGCCUGUCUCCAACAGACGCCCCUUCUAUGUUUUCUACAAGCAUGGCACCACCAAAGACAAGCCGUGUCCCUGAGAGACUAGAAUCUGUCAUCGCACCUUUAGCAGCAGCAGUCAGUGUGAAAUCUGAGGAAGGCUUUCCCACAACAAAACUUCCAGAUUUUGAUAUUAGUGAUUUUGGCACUGAGAAGGCUGGUGAAGAAGCAAAUGUUCGUGGAGAUGUGAUCCAUGGAGAACUUAGUACUGCAGUUUCCAGAGCCAUAGUGGAACCAAUGGAGGAGACAGAGGACAAGAGUAUCAUUGAAGUGAGGACUGUUCUACCUGAUAUUUUACUCUCAGACUCUCUAAGCACAAAACCGAUGUACGCAGUCGGAAAAACAGAGGAAUCUUUCCUGGUUGGGGUUACGACAGAUGGUGUUUUAGAAUCAGAGGGCACUGUAGUGACAUUAGUAAACACUGAAGAAUCUGGACACAGAACUGAAUUGUCCUCACUUAGUGAAUCCGGCACAAAAUUUCGAGCAGAGAUUUUGACACAGACAGCUACUGAGACCAGUGCGGGUAAAGGCGAAUCUGAAUCACAUGGUUCAACACAGUCGUCUUUUACACUGGCAACAGAGGCCACUUUUCUUGAGAGUGCCAAGUCUACUGUGUUCUCUGAGUAUGAAGAUACUGGCAUUGAUGUUGUUAUGGCAGAUCCCCCACCUCUGUCUACACAAAGAUCCACCAGCUCAGAACCUGAACCUUCAGAGACCUCUAGUGGAGUUACCAUCACUGAUUCUAAAGUUACACCCGCUGUUUUUAUGCAAAGCUCACAAACCGGAGAAUCUACAGGAACCUCCAUAUCAACACAAAAGACAUUCACCAGCUAUUCAGAAAAUGCAACUGUUGAACUGACUGAUGGUGUUACGAAGUCACUGGGUUUGACUACACCUAGUUCAGCCACAGUAGCUGCAGAAGCAGCAACAACACCUUCACUUACUGACCACGAAACAUCACAUGAAGAAGCUACUUCAGGCCCUUCAGAAUCCACGGACACGACCACUGAUUCUGAUCACUCACCAGUUAAUCAAAGUCUGAUGACUUUUGAAGAGCCACAUUCUCACAUUCCCCAGGUGGACAAGCCUGAGACACCUGAUGAUCUUCUUCCUGUGGAUGGGGACACUGUUGUGGCAAGUGGAGAUUUCUUGUCUUCACUACCUGUUAUCAUGACCCCAACGGUCAGCUUCAUAAAUGGCAAGAUUGAGGUGACACUUCAGCCUAAAGAUGUGGCAGAAGAAGUUAAAGGAGAUACGUUUGGAAGUGAUUCUCUUGGAGUACACGACUUAAGUGAACAUGAAGACACAACAUUUAAAUUUGAUAGUUCAUUAGUGGAGGCUGGCAAAACACCAUAUGAAUCACUGGUGUCAGGAUCCUCAAUAGUGUCCCCAUUGUUUUCCACAACCCUUGAUCCAGAUAUUAAUUUUGGCCCAGGAGGAAUAGUAGUAGAGUCCACUCCGCCAUCACCUCCCAUAACUACUAGCAAAGAGGAGGCACUCAUAUCUGAGGGAACUGUCAUGUCAAGCAUUUUAACCUCCACCACUGAAAAACAGUCUUCUGUAAAACCAGCAGUCCCAGUGGGAUCAACAGAUAUUCCUUUGGAUCAUGAUGACACUACUGUAUCUUCUUCAGUGCACAGUACUAGCUUAGUAACAGAGGAUAAAGUCAAAGAUACAGCCGUUACAACACAGGUCAUAGGAAUGACAACUGAGACACAUAGUAAAGAACCUGUUUCUACUCUUGACUCUAUUGAAACUAGCACAGAACGUACAUUUAUAUCAUCGAGCACUGCAGCUCUAGAUCUCACCGAAAGCACAGAAACAAUCUCAGGGUCGAGCUCAACACAUGUUGAGGCUACAGGAGAACAGAUAACUGAGGCACAUAGUGCAGAAACUGUUUCCUCCCUUGACACCACUGUAACUAGUACCGUCAACACUGGGGACUCAACAGAACAAAUGGUCACAGGUCAAGAUAUAUCACAUACAGCUACUCUGAUGGAGGACAAAGAUCUGUCAGCGAGACCAUCUGAAUCCACCAUCAUUAAUCUUACAGAGACUCUGUUCACCUCUGCUCAGACUGGACAUUUAGAUGAGACAUUAUCUGAAAACACUGUAACAAGCACAGUGACUAUAGAGAAGACAACUGCCAAAGAUGUGCUGUCAUCAUCACAUUUUACGUUUGUUUUGGCAUCUUCUGAGCCUGAAGCUUCAGGAGAUGAGACCUCUGACAUGUUUAGCAAGACAUUCACAACAGGUCCUUUGUUGUACAAGACAACUGAAUCAGAACUAGAUGACACCAAAACCACAGCGACAAUUUCAGUGUCUAGUUUAACAGAUGUUGAUGCUACAACUGGAAAAACUGAUCGCUCAACAGUAAGAACAGACACAAGUCAAGACAUUACAUCCCACACAGCAACAACCACAGCCAUGACCAUUGAUGUAUCAGAGACUCUGUCCUUCUCCACUCAGACUGAACAUUUAGAAGAGAAAUUAUCUGGAAGCACUGCCACAAUGACUUCAGAGAAGACACCUGCCAAAGACAUGCUGUCACCAAGCUCCUCAUUGUACACCACAAGCAAAUCAGACCAAGAACCCACCAAAACACCUUCUGACACAACAGAAACCAUAUCAAUAUACAGCUCAGCAGAUGCUGAUAUCACAAGAGAUCAGAAAACUGAGACACACCGUAGAGAACCUGUUUCCUCUCUUGGUUCCACUUCAUUUAGCACAGUACAUGCAUUUUCAUCACUGAGCACUGGUGACUCAACAGAGGAAACAGUUACAAGUAAAGAUGUUACAUCUUAUACAGCAGCAACCACAGCUACUGUGAUUGAGGACAAAGAUCUGUCAGCAAAACCAUCUGAAUCCACCAUCAUUAAUGUUUCAGAGACUCUGUUCUCCUCUGCUCAGACUGGACAUUUAGAUGAGAUAUUAUCUGAAAGCACCGUUACAAUGAUCUCAGAGAAGACAACUACCAAAGAUCAACUGUCACCAUCAAGUUUUUCAUCAAGUUUGCCACCUACAGAGUCUGAAGCUUCAGGAGAUGAGACAUCUGAUAUGUUUAGUAAAGAGUUCACAGUGACAAGUUCUUCAAUUUAUACUCCAACCAAAUCAGAUCAUGAACUUACCAAAACAUUGUCUGAUAUGACAGAAACAAUCUCAGUGUCCAGCUCAACAGAUGCUGAAGCUACAAGAGAUCAGAAAACUGAGACACAUAGUAGAGAACCUGUUUCCUCUCUGGACUCUACUUUAACUAGUGCUGUACAUACAUUUACAUCGAGCACUAAAGACUCAACAGGGGAAACAGUUACAAGUAAAGGUGUUGCAUCUCAUACAGAAGCAACCACAGCUACUAUUAUGGAGGACAAAGAUCUGUCAGCAAAACCAUCUGAAUCCACCAUCAUUAGUGUUUCAGAGACUCUAUUCUCAUCGACUCAGACUCGACAUUUAGAUGAGACAUUUUCUGAAAGUGCUGUUACAAUGAUCUCAGAGAAGACAACAACCGAAGAGCUUCCACCUUUAAGUUUUUCUUCAAUGUUGCCAUUUGAAGAGCCUGAAGCUUCAGGAGAUGACACCUCUGAUAUGUUUAGUAAAGAGUUCACAGUGACAAGUUCUUCAAUUUAUACUCCAACCAAAUCAGACCAUGAACUUACCAAAACAUCAUCUGAUAUGACAGAAAUACUGUCAGUGUCCAGGUCAACAGAUGUUGAAGCUACCAGAGAUCAGACAACUGAGACACAUAGUAGAGAACCUGUAUCCUUUAUUGCCUCUACUAUAGGUAGUGUUUUACGUACGUUUACAUAUUUGAGUACUGGGGACUCAACAGGAGAAACAGUUACAAGUAAAGGCACAUCACAUACAGCAGCAACCACAGCUACUAUGAUGGAGGACAAAGACCUGUCAGCAAAACCAUCUGAAUCCACCAUCAUUAAUGUUUCAGAGACUCUGUUCUCCUCUGCUCAGACUGGACAUUUAGAUGAGAAAUUAUCUAAAAGCACUGUUACAGUGAUCUCAGAGAAGACAACUGCCAAAGAUCAACUGUCAUCAUCUAGUUUUUCUUCAAGCUUGACGUCCAUGGAUUCUGAAGCUUCGGGAGAUGAAACCACUGAUAUGUUCAGCAAAGAGUUCAGAGCAAGAAGUUCUUCUCUUUAUACUUCAACUAAAUCAGACCUAGAACUUACCAAAACGUCAUCUGACACAACAGAAACAGUAUCAGUGUCCAGCUCAACAGAUGCUGAAGCUACAAGAGAUCAGACAACUGAGACACAUAGUAGAGAAACUAUAACUAGUGCUGUACAUACAUUUUUAUCACUGAGCACUGAGGACUCAACAGAAGAAACAGUUACAAGUAAAUAUGUAACAUCUCAUAUAGCAACAACAAUAGCUACUAUGAUGGAGGACAAAGAUCUGUCAGCAAAACCAUCUGAAUCCACCAUCAUUGAUGUUUCAGAGACUCUGUUCUCCUCUGCUCAGACUGGACAUUUAGACAAGACAUUAUCUGAAAGCACUGUUACAAUGAUUUUGGACAAGACAACUUCCAAAGAUAUACUUUCACCAUCAAGUGUUUCUUUAAGUUUUCCAUCUACAGAGUCGGAGGCUUCAGGAGAUGAAACCUCUGAUAUGUUUAGCAAAGAGUUCACAACAACAAGUUUUUCACUUUAUGCUCCAACCAAAUCAGACCAUGAACUUACCAAAACAUCAUCUGACACAACAGAAACAAUCUCAGUGUCCAGCUCAACGGAUGCUGAAACUACAAGAGAUCAGACAACUGGGACACAUACUAGAGAAACUGUUUUCUCUCUUGACUCUACUGUAACUAGUGCUGUACAUACAUUUUCAUCACUGAGCACUGGGGACUCAAUAAGAGAAACAUUCACAAUUAAAGAUGUUACAUCACAUACAGCAGCAACCACAGCUACUAUGGUGGAUGACAAAGAUCUGUCAGCAAAACAAUCUGAAUCGACUAUCAUUAAUGUUUCGGAUACUCUGCCUUCAACUGCUCAGACUGGACAUUUAGACAAGACAUUAUCUGAAAGCACUGUUACAACAAUCUCAGAAAAGACAACUGCUAACGAUGUGCCGUCACCGUUAAGUAUUUCUUCAAGUUUGCCAUCUACGGAGUUUGAAGCUUCAGGAGAUGAGACCUCUGAUUUGUUUAGCAAAGAGUUCACAACAAGUUCUUCACUUUAUACUCCAACCAAAUCAGAUGAAAAAAUUACCAAAACAUCAUCUGACACGACAGAAAAAAUCUCAGUGUCCAGCUCCACAGAUGCCGAAGCUACAAGGGAUCAGACAACUGAGACACAUACUAGAGAACUUACCUACUUAACUAGUGCUGAACAUACAUUUUCAUCACUGAGCACUGGGGACUCAACAGGACAAACAGUUACAAGUAAAGAUGCAACAUCACAUAUAGCAGUAACCACAGUUACUGUGAUGGAGGACAAAGUUCUGUCAGCAAAACCAUCUGAAUCCACCAUCAUUAACGUCUCAGAGACUCUGUUCUCCUCUGUUCAGACUGGACAUUUAGGUGAGACAUUAUCUGAAAGCACUGUUACACUAAUCUCAGAGAAGACAACUACCAAAGAUGUGCUGUCACCUUCAAGUUUUUCAUCAAGUUUGACAUCCGUGGAGUCUGAAGCUUCAGGAGAUGAGACCUCUGAUACGUUUAGCAAAGAGUUCACAACAACAAGUUCUUCACUUUAUACACCAACUAAAUCAGAUCAUGAACUUACCAAAACACCAUCUGACACAACAGAAACAAUUCCAGUGUCCAGCUCAAUGGAUGCUGAAGCUACAAGGGAUCGGACAACUGAGCCACAUAGUAGAGAACCUGUUUCCUUUAUUGACUCUACUGUAGAUAUGUUUUCAUCUCUGACCACUGGUGAUUCAACAGAGGAAACAGUUACAAGUAACAGUGUUACAUCUCACACAGUAGCAACCACAGCUACUAUGAUGGAGGACAAAGAUCUGUCAGUAAAACCAUCUGAAUCCACCUUUAUUAAUGUUUCAGAGACUCUGUUCUCCUCUGCUCAGACUGGACAUUUAGAUGAGACAUUACCUGAAAGCACCGUUACAGUGAUUUUGGACAAGACAACUGCCGAAGAUGGGCUGUCACCAUCAAGUUUUACUUCAAGCUUGACGUCCAUGGAUUCUGAAGCUUCAGGAGAUGAAACCGCUGAUAUGUUCAGCAAAGAGUUCACAACAAGAAGUUUUUCCUCUGCUCACACUGGACAUUUAGAUGAGAAAUUAUCUGAAAGCACUGUUACAAUGAUCUCAGAGAAGACAACUGUCAAAGAUCAACGGUCACCAUCAAGCUUUUCUUCAAGUUUGCCAUCUACAGAGUUCGAAGCUUCAGGAGAUGAGACCUCUGAUAUGUUUAGCAAAGUGUUCACAACAAGUUCUUCAAUUUAUACUCCAACCAAAUCAGACCAUGAAUUUACCAAAACAUCAUCUGACACAACAGAAACAACCUCACAACAAACUGUAACUAGUGCUGUACAUACAUUUUCAUCAUUGAGCACUAAAGACUCAACAGGAGAAACUGUUACAAGUAAAGAUGUAACACCUCAUACAGCAAUGACCACAGCUACUAUAAUGGAGGAGAAGACAACUGCCAAAGAUCUACAGUCACCAACAAAUAUUUCUUCAAGUUUGCCAUCUACAGAGUCUGAGGGUUCAGGAGAUGAGACCUCUGAUAUGUUUAGCAAAGAGUUCACAACAACAAGUUCUUCACUUUAUACUCCAACGAAAUCAGACCAAGAACUUGCCAAAACAUCAUCUUACACAACAGAAGCAACUUCAGUUUCCAGGUCAACAGACGUUGAAGCUACAAGAGAUCAGACAACUGUUUCUCAUAGUACAGAAACAAUAACUAGUGAUGUACAUACAUUUUUAUCACUGAGCACUGGGGAGUCAACCGGAGAAACUGUUACAAGUAAAAAUGUAACACCUCAUACAGCAAUGACCCCAGCUACUAUGAUUGAGGACAAAGAUCUGUCAGCAAAACCAUCUGAGUCUACCAUCAUUAAUGUUUCAGAGACUCUGUUAUCCUCUGCUCAGACUGGACAUUUAGAUGAGACAUUUUCUGAAAGCACUGCUACAAUGAUCUCAGAAAAGACAACUACCAAAGAUCAACGGUCACCAUCAAGUUUUUCUUUACAUUUUCCAUUUGCAGAAUCUGAAGCUUCAGGAGAUGAAACCUCUGAUAUGUUUAGCAAAGGGUUCACAACAACAAGUUCUCUAGUUUAUACUACAACUAAGUCAGACCAUGAACUUUCCAAAACAUCAUCUGACACAACAGAAACAAUCUCAGUGUCCAGCGCAACAGAUGCUGAAGCUACAAGUGAUCAGACAACUGAGACACACAGUAGAGAACCUGUUUCUUCUUUUGACUCUACUGUAACUAGUGCUGUACAUACAUUUUCAUCCACGGUCACUGGGGGCUCUACAGCAGAAACAGUUACAAGUAAAGAUGUUACAUCACAUACUGUAGCAACCACAGCUACUAUGGUGGAGGUCAAAGAUCUGUCAGCAAAACCAUCUGAAUCCACCAUCAUUAACGUUUCAGAAGCUCUGUUCUCCUCUGCUCAGACUAGAGACUUAGAUGAGACAUUAUCUGAAAGCACUGUUACAAUGAUCUCGGAGAAGACAACUGCCAAAGAUGUGCUGUCACCUUCAAGUUUUUCUUCAAGCUUAAUGUCAUUGGUCUCUGAAGCUUCAGGAGAUGACACCUCUGAUAUGUUUAGCAAAGAGUUCACAACAACAAGUUCUCCAGUUUCUACUACAACUAAAUCAGACCAUGAACUUUCCAAAACAUCAUCUGACACAACAGAAACAGUCUCAGCGUCUAGCGCAACAGAUGCUAAGGCUACAACAGAUCAGACCACUGAGACACACAGUAGAGAACCAGUUUCUUCUUUUGACUCUACUGUAACUAGUGAUGUGCAUACAUUUUCAUCCAUGAGCACUGGGGACUCCAAAAGAGAAACAGCUACAAGUGAAAAUGUUACGUCACAUAUAGCAACAAUUACAGCUACACUAAUGGAGGACAAAGAUCUGUUAGCAAAACCAUCUGAAUCCACCAUCAUGAAUGUUUCAGAGACUCUGUUCUCCUCUGCUCAGACUGGACGUUUAGAUGAGAUGUUAUCUGAAAGCACUGUUACAAUGAUCUCAGAAAAGACAACUACUAAAGAUCAUCUGUCACCUUCAAGUUUUUCUUCAAGUUUGCCAUAUACAGAGGCUGAAGCUUCAGGAGAUGAGACCUCUGAUAUGUUUAGCAAAGGGUUCACAACAGGUUCUUCACUUUAUACUCCAACCAAAUCAGACCAUGAACUUACCAAAACACCAUCUGAGACAACAGAAAUAAUCCCAGUGUCCAGUUCAACAGAUGCCGAAGCUACAAGAGAUCAGACAACUGAGACACGUAGUAAUGAAACUUUAACUAGUGCUGUACAUACAUUUUCAUCACAGAGCACUGGGGACUCAACACGGCAACAAGGUGUUACAUCACAUACAGCAGCAACCACAGUUACAAUAAUGGAAGAGAAAGAUCUGUCAGCAAAACCAUCUGAAUCCACCAUCAUUAAUGUUUCAGAGACUUUGUUUUCCUCUGCUCACACUGGAUAUUUAGAUGAGAAAUUAUCUGAAAGCAUUGUUGCAAUGAUCUCAGAGAAGACAACUACCAAAGAUGUGCUGUCACCUUCAAGUUUUUCUUCAAGUUUGACAUUCAUGGAGUCUGAAGCUUCAGGAGAUGAGACUACUGAUGUGUUUAGCAAAGAGUUUACAACAAGUUCUUCACUUAAUACUUCAGCCAGAUCAGACAAAGAACUUACCAAAACAUCAUCUGACACAAUAGAUACCAUCUCCGUGUCCAAAUCAACAGUUGCUGAAGGUACAAGUGAUCAGACAACUGAGACACAUAGUAGAGGAACUGUCUCCUCUCUUGACUCUACUGUACAUACAUUUUCAUCACUGAGCACUGGGUACUCCACAAGAGAAACGGUUACAAGUAAAGGUAUUACAUCUCAUACAGCAGCAACCACAGCUACUAUGAUUGAUGACAAAGAUCUGUCAGCUAAACCAUCUGAAUCCACAAUCAUUAAUGUUUCAGAGACUCUGUUCUCCUCUGCUCAGACUGGACAUUUAGACGAGACAUUAUCUGAAAGCACUGUUACAAUGGCAUCUUUGGCUGUUACAACUGCCAAAGAUGUACCAUCAUCAAGUUUUCCUUUAAGUUUGCCAUCUACAGAGUCUGAAGCUUCAGGAGAUGAGACCUCUGAUAUCUUUAGCAAAGAGUUCACAACAACAAUUUCUUUAUUUUAUACUCCAACCAAAUCUGACCAUGAACUUACCAAAACAUCAUCUGACUCAACAGAAACCAUCUCAAUGUCCAGGUCAACAGAUGCUAAAGCUACAAGAGAUCAGACAACUGAGACACAUACUAGAGAAACUAUUUCCUCUCUUGACUCUACUGUACAUACAUUUUCAUCACUGAGCACAGUGGACUUCUCAGGAGAAACAGUUUCAAGUAAAGAUGCAACAUCUCAUACAGCAGCAACCACGGCUACUGUGAUUGAGGACAAAGAUCUGUCAGCAAAACCAUCUGAAUCCACCAUCAUUAAUAUUUCAGAGACUCUGUUCUCCUCUGCUCAGACUGGACAUUUAGAUGAGACAUUAUCUGAAAGCACUGUUACACUGAUCUCAGAGAAGACAACUACCAAAGAUGUGCUGUCACCUUCAAGCUUUUCUUCAAGUUUGACGUCCGUGGAGUCUGAAGCUUCAGGAGAUGAGAUUACUGAAAUAUUUAGCAGAGAGUUCACAACAACAAGUUCUUCACUUUAUACUUCAGCCAAAUCAGACCAAGAACUUACCAAAACAUCAUCUGACACAAUAGAUACCAUCUCCGCGUCAAAGUCAACAGAUGCUGAAGCUACAAGUGGUCAGACAACUGAGACACAUAGUAGUGAAACUGUCUCCUCUCUUGACUCUACUGUACAUACAUUUUCAUCACUGAGCACUGUGGACUCCACAGGACAAACAGUUACAAGUAAAGUUGUUACAUCAUAUACAGCAGCAGCCACAGAUACUAUGAUGGAGGACAAAGAUCUGUCAGCAAAACCAUCUGAACCCACCCUCAUUAACGCUUCGGAGACUCAGUUCUCCUCUGCCCAAACAGUACAUUUAGACAAGACAUUAUCUGAAAGCACUGUUACAAUGGUCUCAGAGAAGACAACUGCCAAAGAUGUGCUGUCACCUUCAAGUUUUACUUCAAUCUUGACGUCCAUGGAUUCUGAAGCUUCAGGAGAUGAGACCACUCCUAUGUUUAGCAAAGAGUUCACAACAAGUUCUUCACUGUAUACUCCAACAAAAUCAGACGAAGAACUUACCAAAACAUCAUUUGACUCAACAGAAACCAUCUCAGUGUCCAGGUCAACAGAUGCUGAAGCAACAAGAGAUCAGACAACUGAGACGCAUAGUACAGAAACUGUUUCCUCUCUCGACUCUACUGUACAUAUGUUUUCAUCACUGAGCACAGGGGACUCCACAGGACAAACAGUUACAAGUAAAGGUGUUGCAUCACAAACUGCCACACAAACCCUUUCUACAGUACCUGCUGAAGAUCUGACCAAUGCAAGCUCAGUGUGGACCUCCACUGAUGCAGAUAUCCCAAGAAUUAAGCCAACAGAGAGACAUCAAACAGUAACUGUUUCCACUUUUGUCUCUAAGAUCUCAGAUGAAGCAGUUCAGCAAGAAGUUUCCAGUGAUAAAGAUAGAGACACACUGACAACUAAAACAUAUGAUCAUUACAUUGUAGCCACUGAUGAGGCAGAAAUUCAUGAGACUGACCACACAUCAGAGCCUGUGAGACCUGCAAGUUCUUCACAUUCCGCUUCAUCAAUAAAUGAGUUGUUUUCAAGCACAGUCCAAACAGUAGUUACAGACUCAACUUCUGAUCAAGGAAGUGGAGACAUUACAGAAAAUGAAGUGGCGGAAGAUGACGGCUCUGGUGAAAUAUCCUCUUCUGUUGUAGUAUCAGUACCUCACCAUGUUACACCAUCAGAUGACAAGACAACUGCUGCUGGCAUUGAGUCAACUCCUGCUUUUGGAGUGCAGCCGUCAGAGAACAUGACAGCAACAAUAGACGUUACAACAACUGUGAGUGAAGGAGCUAUACCAAGCUCAUUUUUUACUCUCACAGAGGUAGAAGUCUCUGGUCAGCAGACACCAAAGAUGUUCACCACAGGUCCCUCAUCUAUGAUCAGAACAGUCACAAGUCAAGAGGUCAUAACAUCUCAAAAAGAGAUUGUCUCUUCAAUAACUGAAUUUUCCAUGAUUAGAACUUCUCAUGCUAUUACCGAAUCAGAGUUGACUAAACACACCACAGAAACAAUGCCUACAUUUUCUAGCAAAAUCCAUAGCAAGCAUACAACAGUUUUAUCUGAUGCAGAGGAUGACACAACAGAUGAUGAAGGAUCAGGGGUGUCCCCUGUCACGCAUGUUUCAUCAGCAGCCAACAAAACUCAAACUGGUUCUCCUACAGUUCAUAUAACUGGCACUGCCUUCACAGAACGUGACAGAGACAUCACUGUAACACAAAAUCCAAGCCGUAUCACAUCUGUCUUUGUAGAGAGGGAAGGCUCAGGUAUUGUAGAAGAUGACCAAGAAACUACUCAACCAGAAGGAUCUGGUGAAGAGGACACAGUGAGUCCAACAGAGGAAAUGAAUGACAAUUAUACUGUGGCCACUGAUGAGGCAGAACUCAGUGAGGCUAACCGCACAUCAGAGCCAGCAAGUUCUUCCCAUUCCACGUCCUUCACAACUAAAUCAACAUUGUUGCCUAGCACGGCCCAAACAGCACUGAGAUCUUUAUCUACUGAAGGUAGUGACAAGACAGCUGAAAGUAAAGUGGAUGAAGAUGAUGACUCUAGAGGUGAAAUAUCCCCAGCAGCUCUUGAGUCAGUUUCUCCUCAAGAAACAUCCUCUGAGGACAAAUCAACUUCUACUACAAUCACACAACCACAGAGAACUGAAGCUACAACACCUGCUACAGUACUGUCAAGCACAUCUAAGGCUUUAUCAGUUUUAGAAACACAAAAGAGUACCUUACAGCCAAGCACUCCAGAAACUGACCUAAAUGGGUUUGCAUUAUCAACCACAGAGGAUUACAAGGACUUUACUUCACCAGGAGAUCCUACUGAUGAGAUAUCCAAAACACCAACAACUGAGGCAUAUGAGGAUCUCACUGUAAGAACUGAUGAGGCAGAAGUUGAUGAGACUGAGGAGAAAACAGGUUUCUCAAGUGUUACAUCUGUCACUGGCAGUACAGAUUUCAUAUAUCAGUCAACUUCAUUCCCUCAGUUUCUGAGUUCCACCCAGUCAACUGCAACAUUUACAACUUCACUUUCAGAGGAUGGCAGUGGGGAAGACUCAACCGAGGGGGAUGGAGCAGAAGAUGAUGGAUCAGGUGAUGAUACAACUCCUGUGACAUCUUCACCUUUGCUAUCAAGCUCAAAGAUAACAGAAACAACCAUUAGCAUGACACCCUUUAGCUCAGUCAACAGUGGACAGUACAGUACAGCCAGAGUUGUUUCACAGGGUGCUGAAAGUUUCUCUCUGGUCUCAGUGACGGCACCAACAGAGCAGGAACAUACUGGUGUUUCUGUCUCAGAUAUAGCAGCCACUAGCUUUACAGCUCCUGGAACACCAUCUGGUGUGAUAACCAGCCACACUAAAUUGCCUUCUUUCGUGACACCUCAAGAUCCUGUGUCCACCUCUACUCCAUUCGUCUUCUCGAAGGGAAGUGCUGAUCAGCAAGUCACUCCAACAAGCACAGUCUUAAUAUUCACAGAAGAGGAGGAAGACGAAGAUAAGCUGUUUUCAACUGUAACUGAGAGUAUGACAGAUCAUAGCAUCAAACAAGAAGAUUUCACUAAGGAUGACAUGAUUAUUGAUGCAGAUACUAUGUCUGUUUUAGAGCAGUCUUCAGCCUUCGCCCCUACAAUUGCUACAGAAGAAGCAGCUGGGGUAACCCCAAUUGUCAUGACUGCACAACCCUCAAGCUUUAUGACGAAGGAACCAGAGGGAUCUGGAAUGGAUGGCUCUGAGUUACCUCAGUUACAUGUGUCAUUUGAAACCACAACAGACAGGUUAAUAGUUACACAAACCCAGUCAACCCCAGACAUUCUGCAGAGCAGUUCAACAUAUUUAGAAGAGGAAACACAAGAGGCUACUGAUGCUGAUGUACCUGAACACACACAAGAUGUUCAAACCGCCACAGUAUCUACAAUGGAGACACUGACUGAUGACUUCUCAGGAGACACUUUGUCUACUGAUGAUGAUAUUCUGGAAGCAUCCACUUUAACUCCCAUGACAUCUCAAGUUUCCACAGAAGAAAUUGUCUCAACCGAAGAGGACCUAUCUGAAGAUGUAUCAACACAAGCUUCUUUGCCGUUGCAUACAAUAUCUUCUAAGGUGGAAGCUUCAAGUGAAUCAUCUGACCAAUAUGAACCUAGUCAAACAACUAUGUCCAGUCACCUUUUCAGUUCAUCCAUUGCUGUUACAAGUAGUUCUCUUUAUGUUGAUACUGUUUCACCUGAAGAGGAAAUUAACUCUACUCAAGAUGAGGUAACAGAUUCUGGAGAAACUGUUUCUUCACAACAUUCAGAUGAGAUCACAGACUCUGAACAGUCAGUUUCUCCAGUAUCGGAUUUAACAAGCACUGCAUCUUUCCAUACUGCAUCAAGUGCUAGCAUGACUAAAACUGCCAAAGCCACUACAAGUACAUACACCAAAACAGCAGCAACAGAUGAUAAUGACCUAACAGCUGACACAGAGGAAACAUACAUGACAAGUGUUGAUGGCACUGAGGAAACCACAAGUCCAUUAUUUUUUUCAACAGAUGAUGGCUCAGGUGAUCAAACAAUUGAAAUGGUUACAAGACUGUCUGAUUCAACAGACUCUCCUUUAAUAACUAAAGAUGAUUCAGUGUUAUCAUCUAGAGAGAGUGAUAUUAAGUUUCACUUUGGAACAAUGCCUUUGCCUGAAGCAAUUACAGUAACUGAUGAGGAACUACAUCACCAAGCUUUGUCUGAGAUGACAGUGACACAUAAGCCCAGUACAGACAUCGGGAUUGAUGAAGGCCUGCCAUUGCCAUCAACAGUCAUUCCCACACUUCUUAUAUCUGCAUCAAAGUUUAAUAUGACUACGAACGUAGUAACAUUAGUAGGAUCUCCUUCAUCUACAAACAUGCCAGGGCUGAGUGACAAAACAGAAGCUCCACUUUCCUCUGAGGCAGAGACAGAUGACGUGAUGGAUUAUGAUACAAAAACGGAACCCUACAAUGUAUAUUCCAUGCCAGAUUUCAUGAACAGCACAAACAUCGAAGAUGAGACUGGCUUAGACAUUAGCUCAGGAAUUGUAACUAGCAUUGAUGACAUCACCCAACCUGAAGGUGAAAAGAGCUUCACCACCUCACCACCUGAUGUUGAGACAAGCUUUGAGAUCACCUCACAGCUUGAUGUGGAGACUGAUUUUGAGACCACCUCACAGCCUGAUGUUGAGACUACCUUUGAGACCACCUCAGAAUCAAAAAUUGACACUGUCACGGAGACAUCAAAACCUGAAGAGGACAGUGCAACAAAUGCUGAUGAAAUCACACAUGCAGAAGUUUUGAAUACUGAGACCACAUCACAGCCUGAUGUUGAGACUGAUUUUGAGACCACCUCACAGCUUGAUGUGGAGACAGAUUUUGAGACCACUUCAGAAUCAAAAAUUGACGCUGGCACUGAGACAUCAAAACCUGAGGAGGACAGUGCAACAAAUGCUGAUGAAAUCACACAAGUAGAAGUUUUGAAUACUGAGACCACCUCACAGCCUGAUGUCGAGACUGGUUUUGACACCACCUCAGAGCUUGAUGUGUCGACUGGUUUUGAGACCACCUCACAGUCUGAUGUUGAGACUAGUUUUGAGACCACCUCACAGCUUGAAGCUGAAACCAGCUAUGAGACCAUUGACACUGGCUUUGAAACCUCAAAACCUGAGGAGGACAGUGUAACAGGUGCUGAUGAAAACACACAAGCAGAAGUUUUAAAUAGUGAGACCACCACUCAGCUUGACACUGAAAGUUUUGAGACAACCAUGCAACCAGACAUUGAAAAUAAAACUACUUUUGAGAGUAAUGCUUCAGUCACCAGCUCACUAAGCAGUGGAACAAGUAAUACAGAGAGCAGCACAUCUGGAGAGGUACAUCACAACACCACAUCAUCCAGUAAGCCUCACAUCACAACAAGACUUUCUGAUGUCACAGAUAAACCAAGUUCCACUGCUAUAAGUGAAGAAAAACUGUUGGAAGAAAGAGUUGAGCUUACAGCCCAAUCUGAACAAACUGACACAGGAUUCAGGACCAUCACGCAACCUCAAUAUGAUGGUUCUGUAACUUCCAGUAGUUUGAAGAGCAGCUUAGAGGAAGAUUCAGUUAUCAUCCCAUCAUCUGCUGAGGUUCAGGCAGUAAUUCUGUCUACUGCAACAACUUCACCUUUACUUCUGACACCUGAGUCUGAUAUAAAGAUUGUCAGUAAGGAAACUUCCUCAAGGAAACAAGAGGCAGCUGGUCAGAUUGAGGAAGCUGUAACUCUUCCAACUGAGACUCCAAUUCAGGAAGAUCAGGUGACAUCAUCAGUACCUACAACCACAACCCAGAGUGAGACUGCAACACCAUUUUCCUCUCAUGAACACAUUUCUGAGGCCACUUUGGUUAAAAGCUCAUCUUCAAGUGCACAAAAUGAAAGCACAACACAGAGUACAGCAGACCUUCCAUACACAAUGAUCGGGCAGACAUUUGAUAUUCCAGACGUUCACUCCUGUUCUGAUGAUGUUUGCUUGAAUGGCGGUACUUGUGUAAAAAUAGGCGGUACUCGGACCUGCAGCUGUCUGCCUGGAUACGGUGGUGAACAGUGUGAAAUAGACAUUGAUGAAUGUCACACAAACCCUUGUCGUAAUGGAGGAACAUGUAUUGACGGGCUGAACUCAUUCACCUGUGUAUGUCUUCCAAGUUAUGCAGGAGCACUGUGUGAGCAAGACACUGAAACAUGCAGCUACGGAUGGCACAAGUUCCAAGGCCACUGCUACAAAUUCUUUCCUCAUCGGCGUAACUGGGACACAGCGGAGCGUGAAUGUCGUCUCCAGGGAGCACACCUUGCUAGUGUCCUGUCCCACGAGGAGCAGCAGUACAUCAACCGCCUUGGCCAUGACUACCAGUGGAUCGGCCUGAAUGAUAAAAUGUUUGAGAAUGAUUUCCGGUGGACGGAUGGUAGUGUUGUGCAAUAUGAAAACUGGAGACCGAACCAGCCGGACAGUUUCUUUUCCUCUGGGGAGGAUUGUGUGGUAAUGAUCUGGCAUGAGGACGGCCAGUGGAAUGAUGUUCCCUGCAAUUACCACCUCACCUUUACCUGCAAGAAAGGCACAGUGUCCUGCAGUCAGCCUCCUCUUGUCCAUAACGCCCGCACAUUUGGCCAGCUGCGCCCACGCUAUGAGAUCAACUCCUUGAUCAGGUACCAGUGCAUGGACGGCUUCAUCCAAAGACAUGUUCCCACCAUUCGCUGCAGAGGAGACGGCUCAUGGGAUUUGCCAAAGAUUUCCUGCAUGAAUCCCUCCAACUACCAAAGGUCAUAUGCAAGGUAUCAGACAUACAGAGUGUUUCGCAGUCAUCGGAAGAGAUCAGCUGAAAAUUCUGUUGAUGUACCCCGACGACACUACCGCCAUGGUGUAAAACACAAUCGGACACAACAAUAGUUGCAAUGGCAACACAACCCUAUCGCGAGGGGCCUUUUAAUGUAUUUUGAUAGCAUAUGACGGAUCUGCCUGCUGGCUGAAAGAAAAGAUUAAAAAAGAAAAGAUUAUUAAAAGGACCAGAAAGGGGUCAACACAGAGUGCGAAUCACUGGAAUAAAACAGUGGAUUUUUAUCUUUUGAGAGCGAUGGCUUUUAGGAACUACAUAAAGGACACAUAUUCAGCUGGCCUCUGAAAACACAAAGAGAUGAUCUGACCUGCCCUCCAUCUGUUCUGCUUUGUUUCGGGAAUACACAGUGCCUUCAUAAAUUAUAACUCACAAUCCAGAUGUAAGUGAGUUAUAAUAGUGCAACCUACAUAAGAAGUAUAGUUCAUGGAAGUUUAGCCUGUAAACAUAAUGGUACAUUUUGAUAAACACUUUGCCGUAUGAUUCUUUCAAUCUUUCUUCAAGUUUACAAGAACCACAGGUGUAUGCAGACAUCCUGCUGCUUACUGAACAAAUGAGAAAUCAUACAUAAGAAUGUGAAAGAAUUUAUAUUUAUGUAUAGAAAGUGAGCAAUGGCUCACAUGGAGUCAGUGUUUUUUUGUGGUACAAAAAGGCCAAAACUAUCAUAAAAAAACUGCAUCCAAUGCAGUGGAUGAUUUUGUUAUCUUAAAGUCAACACAAUAUGUUUUAAUACUUUUAAUACUUUGACUUUAAGCUAUGUACUAUUGAAAAGCCAUGUAGGUUUUAGAUUAUUUAUAUUCCUCUGAUGUCUCUUUCAAGUGUUUACAAUGCAAAUCCUGUUUCACAUACAUUUAAUUCCGCCGUCACUCAUCUAUAAACCAAAGAAACUCACAGUAUGUACUUCACAUCAUUUUUCAUGCCAACUUACACGUCAGCUUUCAUGUUUUUUCUCAGACAGUUUAAAACUACUUUAAAGAGAAUGUACUUUGUGAGAUGCUUAAAAGACUUGAACGAAUGAGUUUUUAACAAAUGCCUAUAAUUUAUUUCCUGAGCUGCUCCUUGUUUUCUUGUUGUUGUAACGAAAUACAACACACUGAGGAUUUCACGUGGCCAAACUGCACGUUGACAGAAUUCAGUAUGUUAGUGUAGAGGACAGUGUGUCAAUGACGAAUAGACGACAUUUGGAGCUUACAGAAUUUAGAUGGAUUUCAUGAUGACAUUUGGGGUGUAUCAAUGGACCAAAAGAAGAGGAUUCAUAACAACAGUAAUUUUUGUUGAUCUGGCCAUCCAUUUGUUUAUUCCCAAGCAUUUUUUUUCUUUAAAAUCUUUUCUUUUGUGUGUUUACUUCUUGUGUCUGUUUUUAUUUUUGAGUUAAUUUUUUUUUUUUUUUUUAAUCCCGAAAGUGCACAUAUCUUUUUUAUAUUUAUAGUAUAACUUGUUCAUUGUCAAAUGUGAUUGUCUGGAAUGUUGUGAAAUGAAAAAAUUGUAAGGAACGUUUUUUUUAUGCCUUUUAUGUAAACAAAGUUUAUUAUAUUCUA